UUUUCAACCAUUGUGGGCAAUAGAAAAAAAUAAACAGUCGGAGAAGAAUUAUGUCUUCUAUCGCAGCAAAAGCUACCGUCUUUUCAUUUAUCUUCAUCUUAUUUUAUAAAGAGACUGAAUCUAAUUUAAUUUCAUUGUCUGAAUGUGGGUACACUAAAUAUUGUCAAAAGCAUCCUUCUAACUGUAAAUCAAAUAAAGAUUGCGACCUCAUUGUUACUUGGCAACAAAAUAAAACAAAUCCAUCGGACGCCGUAUUGUUUGAAAUGUCAACAAAGAAAGCGUCUGGUCAUCGCUGGAUAGCAAAUGCGUUAAACAUUCAAGCUGGGAGGAUGGCCAAUUCUGCGGGCGAGGUGUGUAUGUUCGACGGCAUGUCAGGAGGAUUGCGUGGAUUCGAAGCUACAGCACGUGGAAUUCCACCAGUGUACUAUGAUGGCGUAAAGGAUGUUGUUUUGCAUGAGGUUGAACUUACAGAUGACACGUUGGUGUGUAGAUACUCUCGACGGAUCAUAUCAACAAGCGAAUACAUGAAAGACUUGAAUCAGUCCUUUUACCUUGUCAACGCUUUCGGUCAACAAUUGCAAAAUAAUUUUGAAGUAGUACAACAUAACUAUGGAGACUAUCGAUUUACAAACACCCAAGUUGAAAUAUCUCCCUACGUUACAAGCACUCCUCCACUGUGUUUAUCACAAAACGACCUGCAGUACUGCGUAUUGGAGGUUGCAACAGAAGUCCAUAGAUGUAUGUAUGUGGAGCCCGUAUGGUAUCCAACAACGUUCGUGUUAUUGUCAUUAACUAUAGUGGCAUCGGAAGCAAAUAAAGUACAAAAGAGGGAGAGCAGCGAAAUAGUUUUUUCGACAGUACUUUCCUCCAAUGUUUAUAAAUGUACAUAUUCGACAAGCAGACCACUCCCACCAAUAAAAAUGACGUCAUCGCCAGCUUCGACUUCAAUAUCACCAACAACAACAUUAGCUGCGCAAAAAACUUCAAUCACACAAAGUCUUUAUGUUUCUUCAUCAAGUACAAUGACAAAAAGCAUUCAUCCAACUCAACAUCUCACCGAGACUCAGGUAACUCGAGUUCUCCGUAGUAGUUCGAGUUACAACCUUCCUUCAUCUUCAAGUGAAAUAGAGCCCUCCACAACAAUGUUCACCACGGUGCUGCCAUUAUCAUCAAUCUCAAAAGACAGCGAUUGCUUCUGGGAUACAUGUAAAACAACAAGACAAAUUGCACAAAAAUCGUAUGCUGUAAAGUUGGAACACUCAUAUCCUUUGCUGGUUUGUGUUCUUGCACUUAUCGUGGUUUGGAUUUGAUAAGGCAGGAAUUCUCAGAAAAAAUACCGAUUCCUAAAUUUACAAUGUUAAGUGGAGCGUUAACCAAGCAACCUUGAUUCCAAUCCUUUCAGCUACGUUAUCAGUAAAAGUUGUGUAUUUAGAAAACUGUAAAUAAUUAGUUUUAACUGUUUUAAUUGUAUUAUAUGUUGCAUUAUAUUCAACCUCGUUUCCAGUGCCUUUUGACUGUUUUUUAUAUCACGACGACCCUCGCCGUCCGGACACAGAGACAACAGGCGCUGGGUACGAGUUUGUAUUGUUUUGCAUUAUAAGAUUGUUUCUAAUCAUUUUCCUUGUUGAAACAUUUCUGCAUCUUAUUUAGAAGUGUUCAUCCUAACUGGGGCAUUUAUUCAUAGUAACCAAAGAAAUCCCAGUGUAUCCCAGCAUAUUUUGCAUUACCAUAACCCCGGUGUAGUCAAGAAUGAAAUAAGAACUUUAAGUUGUACAAUACAAAGUCUGAUAAAAACUUAGUUGGCAUGAAACUCAGAUUUACUUCGAUAAAAUAGAGCACAUUCAUAGAUUUUUAGAUAUAACACACAUGUAAAUAUUAUUCUAAAAUAAAUCAACUAACCAAA